AUGUCUGCGAUCUCUACUACGGGCACCGAAGAAAGCUGCAGCAGUCUCAGAUCCAAAGUUGGAUUUCGAGAUGUUGAAGUUCGUCAUUACGAACGUUGCAUCAGCGACAACCCAUCUGUCCAAGACGGACCUCCAAUUGGAAUCGGAUGGAAGGUAGAGGAAGAACAAAAGUUCUCUGUGGAUGAAUUCGAAGGCUCUCGAGAGUUUGUCCGACAGCCGGAUGUCAACUCGCUAAUGCUCCCCAAGACACACCGACAAGAGUUACUCCUGUCGGAGGGAUUCUCCAAGAAAGAGAUUGCCCAAUCCGUACGAAGCGUCAUCAAGGCCAAGAACCAACGACGACAGACAGUGAACAACCUAGAUAAGAUUCCUCUAGAAGAGUUCAUGGAGAACACCAAGCGCAGUGUGAAGGGUGUCUUUUGCAUUGGCAAGUCAAAGGAAAACAAGAUGCUCUUGUCUGAAUCCCAGACCCUUCCCAUUGCCAACGCUGCAGCGUAA